GGCGCCCGAGGCGCAGGGAGUGGCCGUCGCCUCCUGCGCGCACCAUUCCUGAGAUGGCGGCGACGCGGCGGCAGCUCUGGGAGCCGAGGAGGGGUCACCCGGGCGCGGGCUGAGCCCCGCCGGCCCGGGAGCUCGCCGGAGACCCGCGCGCUUGGUUGAGUUCCGGCCGGCCGGCAGGCCUGCGGAGCGGCGAGGCCGGGGUCGGCCCCGGAGCGGAGCGCGGCGCCCGGCCCGGGGAGGCCGCGAUGGCGAACGCGAGCGAGCCGGGCGGCGGCGGCGGCGGCGGCGGCGGCGGCGAGGCGGCCGCCCUGGGCCUCAAGCUGGCCACGCUCAGCCUACUGCUGUGCGUUAGCCUCGCGGGCAACGUGCUGUUCGCGCUGCUGAUCGUGCGGGAGCGCAGCCUGCACCGCGCCCCGUACUACCUGCUGCUCGACCUGUGCCUGGCCGACGGGCUGCGCGCGCUCGCCUGCCUCCCGGCCGUCAUGCUGGCGGCGCGGCGGGCAGCGGCCGCCGCGGGGGCGCCGCCGGGUGCGCUGGGCUGUAAGCUGCUCGCCUUCCUGGCCGCGCUCUUCUGCUUCCACGCCGCCUUCCUGCUGCUCGGCGUGGGCGUCACCCGCUACCUGGCCAUAGCGCACCACCGCUUCUACGCCGAGCGCCUGGCCGGCUGGCCGUGCGCCGCCAUGCUGGUGUGCGCCGCCUGGGCGCUGGCGCUGGCCGCGGCCUUCCCGCCCGUGCUGGACGGCGGCGGCGGCGGCGGCGGCGGCGACGAGGAGGACGCGCCGUGCGCCCUGGAGCAGCGGCCCGACGGCGCCCCCGGCGCGCUGGGCUUCCUGCUGCUGCUGGCCGUGGUGGUGGGCGCCACGCACCUCGUCUACCUCCGCCUGCUCUUCUUCAUCCACGAUCGCCGCAAGAUGCGGCCCGCGCGCCUCGUGCCCGCCGUCAGCCACGACUGGACCUUCCACGGCCCCGGUGCCACCGGCCAGGCGGCCGCCAACUGGACGGCGGGCUUCGGCCGCGGGCCCACGCCGCCCGCGCUCGUGGGCAUCCGGCCGGCCGGGCCCGGCCGUGGCGCGCGCCGCCUCCUCGUGCUCGAGGAGUUCAAGACAGAGAAGAGGCUGUGCAAGAUGUUCUAUGCCAUCACGCUGCUCUUCCUGUUCCUCUGGGGGCCCUACGUCGUGGCCAGUUACAUGCGGGUCCUGGUGCGGCCCGGCGCUGUCCCCCAGGCCUACCUGACGGCCUCCGUGUGGCUGACCUUCGCGCAGGCCGGCAUCAACCCCGUCGUGUGCUUCCUCUUCAACAGAGAGCUCAGGGACUGCUUCCGAGCCCAGUUCCCCUGUUGCCAGAGCCCCCAGGCCACCCAGGCCACCCUCCCCUGCGACUUGAAAGGCAUCGGUUUAUAAGUGGCUCUCCCUUCACCUGCACCGCAACCCGGCUUCUCCCUUUGGCUUGGACAGUGACGUCUUUUCUCCCCCUUCUGCCCCCUUUUUAAUUUUCUGAGCUGCCUUCAAAACGGCUCUCGAAGUGCAUCAUCACUAGGAUUGUACAGACUCCUUUUGGGGGGAGGGUUUCGAAGUCCCAGCCCCACCCCAGCUCCUUGCGAUUGUUCUCCUAAAUAUAUUUUCAUCCUGACAGCAGGCCCUGGAGUCUUUGUACUGGCACUGAUGUCUUUUAUUCCAUGAGUUACUCUUUUUUUUUUCUUUUCAAUAAAGGCUAAACUAAUUUUUUUCAUGCAACCUUUCCUAAAGACCAUGGCCAGUUUUCUACAGAAGCUAUUUUUGACAACCUCAAGUGGCAUUUUGCAUUGAGGUAGAGGAACCCAGGGGGACUUCACAAGUUUGAUUUCUUGAGGGUCUUCUGUUGGCAGCAGGAGAAAGAGGGAAAGUGGUCUCAAGUUCCCUCUGAAUUGCCAUCGGUGGGGUCAGUUGGACUGCUGUGGUUCUUUGAAGGCGUUGAGAAUUUUGUUCAGUAUUGAUAUUGAAGUUAAAGAGCAGAAAUGGGAACGAGUAGCAAGGCAGUCAUUUUUAAUCAGUAACAACACAAGAUUUGUUUCCUACCUUGCUUUAUACUACUAGGAAAUGCCCGUCAGCGACAACUGCUCUUUGUAUCAUACCAAUCUUGAGUGGAAACAUUUCUGUAAAACUGUACCUUUCAAAAGAGUAAAAAGUGUUUUGGUUAGUAAUGGUGUGGAGAAAAUACAGUAUUGCAUGUUUUUGUAUGUACUGAUUGUGGUUCACGGAUUGGGAGGGCUCAGAGACAAGCAGAGUGCUAAAUCAAAACUGUUUAGGUAUUUUUUGCCAAUAAAAAUUAAAAUAAUUUUAGGGGAACAGUUUGUGCUUUGAAGAGCCCAGUUUUAUUCUGUCUUAUGAAACUAAUUGCCACUCUGAAAAUUGUUAUUCUCUUGUUCAUGGUAUAAAUGGAUGGAAUAUAAUGAUACUCUUCUAUGAGACAAAGCAUUUCCUUAAAAUGUUUGCUAGGUUAAGCUGUGCUGUUCUCCUGAUGGUUAUUUUAAAUUAAUAAUGAGAACUAUAAUUUUAAGUACUAUUUCUUUGUUAGACACGUUGUAACCUUAAGUUGAAAGACUAAAUUCUGCAAGUACUGUAUUUUUUCGCUUAUAAUGCUACAUUUUUAUUAACGUACCUUCCGUUUUGAGGAUUUAUAUCUGUAUUUCUCUUUGCAUUAUAUAAAUAUACCAGUAUUUUCAUUCUGGA